UUUUCUUUCCAUAUGUUAAUUUGACAUUAUGAUGCUUGUUUGUUUAGAUAUUGGCAAUGCGCUACCCUAGGAGACUCGUCCUGUCAGGGUGUUUAACAGCUUUGAUUGUGAUGACUAUUCUUUCUGUUGUUGUUGGCUGGGCUGCUCCAAAUCUGAUCUCUCGUAAAUGGACUCAUCACGUAACAACAUUGUUGUUUUUGGGGUUUGGUCUAUGGUCUUUGUGGGACGUAGUUAAAGGAGAAGGGGAGGCUGAAGAAUUGGCUGAAGUUGAAGCGAAAUUGGAUGCUGAUUGGAAAGCUAAUAAAGGAAGUACAAAACAGGGUAAAAAGGUAAAAUGAAU